AUGGGCAAGAGUGCGAGUAGCCAGUCUCCUCAAGAUGUCGACUUUGAGGUCAUCAUAGUUGGCGCUGGGAUAUCUGGCAUCAAUGCGGCCUACCGCGUGAAGCAGCAAGCACCCCCGGGCACCAGACUCACCAUCCUUGAGGGCCGAGACAGCAUCGGUGGCACGUGGGACCUCUUCCGUUACCCUGGCAUCAGGUCCGACUCGGACAUCUUCACAUUCGGCUUCUCCUGGAACCCAUGGCCGCAUCAAACAACUCUGGGCCUGGGUGCAGAGAUUAAAGAAUACCUGAUCCAGUCCGCUAAAGUCGCCGGGGUCGAUGAGCAAAUCAGAUACCAACACAAGGUCACAACAGCCAGCUGGGUCUCGGGCCAAAACUAUUGGGAGGUUUCUGUGAGCGCGAAGAAUAGCGAAAAGCCCAAGCUCUUUCGCACGCGAUUUCUCGUCUUCGGCACCGGGUAUUACGACUACGACCAGCCCCUGGAGGCAGUCAUCCCGGGCAUCAAAGACUUCAAGGGAAAGGUCAUCCAUCCCCAAUUUUGGCCCAAGGACUAUGACUACACCAACAAAGAAAUGGUCGUCAUAGGCAGUGGAGCGACUGCUGUGACCAUCGUACCGUCCGUGGCGGACAAGGUUAAACACGUCACCAUGUUGCAGAGAAGCCCGACAUACAUAUUUCCAUUGCCGCAGUACCCAAAGCUCACGUCCUUCAUGUUCGCUUUGAUGCCUUCUCGCAUGGCCCAGCUGGCGAACCGAUUGCUGUGGAUUAUCCAGGGUUAUCUCAUGAUUGCUGCCUGCAGGACCUUUCCCGGGCUGGUUAGGAGAGUUAUCCGGGCCAUCAACAAAAAGCUACUUCCGCCCAACAUUCCUUGCGACCCUCACUUCACCCCACGAUAUAAGCCUUGGGAACAGCGAGUUUGUGCUUCUUUGGACGGCGACUUCUUCGCAGCCUUGCGCUCAGGCAAGGCAAGCGUCGCUACUGACACGAUUGUAACCGUUACGGAAGACACGAUCGAGCUGAACUCGGGAGCUGUCAUUCGCCCCGACGUCAUAGUCACGGCUACGGGUCUCAAGCUCAAGUUUGGCGGCGGUGUUCAAUUCUCCGUGGAUGGAAAGCCGCUGGACCCUACAAAGGGGUUCAUGUGGAAGUCCUCCAUGAUCCAGGAUCUCCCCAACGUUGUAUUCUGCGUCGGGUACCAAGAUGCCUCCUGGACGCUAGGGGCCGACUGUGCCGCGCAGCUUCUAACGCGUCUCAUGUGGGAGCUGCGAAGUAGCAACGCAACUGUGGCCAUGCCGCAUCUUGAGAAGCCGGAGGAAAUGGAGGUCAAACCCUUAAUGAGCCUGUCAGCGACGUACCUAAAGAACAUCAAUAAGGCCCUUCCCAAAGCCGGGACGGGGUCGUGGAGGCCGAGGACUCACUACACGGCAGACUUGUAUGCAGCAAAAUGGGGUGAUAUUAGAUCUGGACUUCUCAUCAAGUAG